GAAAUCGAGGCUCCGAACGUGGCGACGGGUUUACGGUAUAUUGGUGUAUAUCGGUAUUUCUUUCACACAGGUGUCUCCCCACCAUAAACGAUUAAUUUUUCUCAUCUUUGUCAGACUUGGGGAGGAAAAGAUGAGUUCCUCAGGCGAAUUUGGUAAUCCCCUUCGGAAAUUCAAGCUAGUUUUCCUCGGUGAACAGAGUGUGGGAAAGACGUCACUUAUCACAAGGUUCAUGUAUGACAGUUUUGACAACACAUAUCAGGCGACCAUAGGUAUAGACUUCCUGUCAAAGACAAUGUACUUGGAAGACAGAACAAUCCGGUUACAGCUGUGGGACACAGCAGGGCAGGAGAGGUUUAGAAGUCUCAUCCCUAGUUACAUUCGAGAUUCCUCAGUAGCUGUAGUUGUGUAUGAUAUAACAAAUGCAAAUUCCUUCCACCAAACAUCCAAAUGGAUCGAUGAUGUGCGUACAGAACGAGGGAGUGAUGUCAUUAUAAUGCUUGUAGGAAAUAAAACAGAUCUGUCAGAUAAGAGACAAGUGACAACAGAGGAGGGAGAGAGGAAAGCAAAAGAGUUGAAUGUAAUGUUUAUAGAAACCAGCGCCAAGGCCGGGUAUAAUGUCAAACAAUUAUUCCGUCGUGUUGCAGCAGCGCUACCCGGGAUGGAACAAACAGAACCCAAGAAAGGCGAGAUGACUGAGGUCAAACUGAAGGAGACGCCGGCCGAGCCUCAGACACAAGAAGGAGGCUGUGCAUGCUAGAUGUGUCGCUGUUUCUCAUUGGCUACUCUAUUUGUAUGAGCUGUAACCAUUGGAUGUAUUUUUGUACAUAGUAUCACUGAUUUCAUUGGCCACUCAGUUUUGUAUAAACUGUUAUCAUUGGUUGUAUUUUUGUACAUAGCUCAAAAUGAAGGAAAGCAAGAAAUAAUGAGAUCAUUCUUUUCCGUACUUCAAGACUGUCAAACGAUUCUUUUUGAAGAUGAUCAUAAGUAUGUGGUUAGAAUCUUAAAUAGUUCAAGAAUAUUAUUAUUAGUUUAAUAUUGUCUGCAAGAUCUAUUCAAAUGUUUAAGAAAAUCUGAAAUGCUCACAAUUUUCAGAUAUGAGCUCUCUAGUUUCUCAUAACAAUAUGAAGUCGACCAUUGAAACUGUAUUUUCUCUGCUGUUCUCCUGACAAAGCAAUAUCUAAAUUAGCUUCAACCUGUCCUCAAAUUCUUGUUGAAAAUCUAAACUUUUGUACUAUUAUAUUUAAAAAAGGAUUUUGAUGUUUGUCUAAUUUUCGUUUCACUGAAAGAUAUAUUUAUGUGAUUAUUAAUCUUACCUGAUAGUGACUUUCACAAUGAUAAUACUAAACCCAUGUACAUCACCGUCACUACGCUGGGUAGUACACUGGGUAGUGCAGUGGGUAGUGUGUUCACCUAGCAGCACACAGACCUGGGUUUGUGCCCAACACACUCACUCACUUUGCAGGUAUUCGAACUAAAACUGAAUGACCCAUUUCUUGCUCUUCUUUACUGUCUAACAAGUUUGCCAGUGAUGUGUUUUGAAUGUGUGUAUUUUAACAUCAAAAUUUGCCUCUAACUGUUGUACAAUUGUAUGCUUUGAUUGGAACCGAUGACCAUGUCCAUUUUCUGUAACACUCUUACUUUAACAUAGACUUUCCAGGGUGCCAAUGUACAAAAGAACCUUAGGACUACGACUGGUGUAAGUCUACAUAAGGUUAUGGGAGCUACGAUUACCUUAGCGCUAAGAUCGCUUUGUACAAUGGCACCCAGGAUCUUAGCACUAAGAUGACUUUAUGGUACAGGGUGCCAAUGUACAAAACAACCCUAGGGCUACGACUGUUGUAAGUCUACAUAAGGUUAUGGGAGCUACAAUUACCUUAGCGCUAAGAUCGCUUUGUACAAUGGCACCCAGGAUCUUAGCACUAAGAUGACUUUAUGGUACAGGGUGCCAAUGUACAAAACAACCCUAGGGCUACGACUGUCGUAAAUCUAUGUUAUAGUGUGGGAGUUACGUCACCUUAGCGCUGAGGUUGCUUUGUACAGCUGCACCCAAGGCUGAGUAGUUCUGAUAAGGCACUGGACUGUAGAGAACCAUGGACAUGCACAGAUGAGUGAACCUCUAAUCCUGUCAAGAUUCCAUUGCAAUUCUAGGCGAAGAUGCUUGUUGUAAGAGGCGACUAACGUGAUCGGGUGGUCAGGCUCGCUGAUUUGGUUGAUGCAUGUCAUCGAUCCCAAUUGCGUGGAUCGAUUCUCAUGUUAUCCAUCACUGGAGUCGAUUAUUUACAGACCGCCGUCAUAUAGCUGGAAUAUUGCUGAGUGCGGCGUUUAACAACAAACCAACCAACCAACCACUGCAGUUCCACUUGUGUAAGCAGCUGAUUGGUGAAAAAUCUGCCUAUUGGUUUAUGUCAACCUAUGAAAGUCCUACUCCAUGGCUAUAAUUGGAGGAUAGAGGAGUGGGGAAAUGGACAAAUGGUUAUGUAUUCACGUAGUGAUGAUUAUUGAUGUUUUGAAAUUUCUUAAAUCUUUGGAUAUUGAGUAGAUAAUUAAUCAGAGUGGAAAGAGGAAGGACUCUGAUUUAAUAAAAAAGAGUUGUCUGUUGGUCCGUUACACAGAAGGUAGUAGCCAGUUCACAACAAGCUUGGCUGCCUGUGAGGCAGUGAAGUAGCUCAGUUGGUACUGGGUUCGCUCUCCCUGCUUGAAGGGCUGGGUUCAAUUCCCAUGCUUUUUUUAAGCCUGUGAUAGUGUGGAAACUCAGCAAGGCUGUAAGCUAUGACAAAUGUUUGACGAGUGGCUCACCAC